AUGAAGCUGACGGAACCGCCUUCUUUCCUUCUUUUUAAGCCAUUUGCCAGCCAUUGGUUGGUGAAGUUCAGUCACCUAAUUUACGCGGAAAUGCUUUUCAGGAUUUUGCUGAUUGUGACCAUUAUCGUCACCAACUCAAAUGCCUGGGUAACCGUCCCAUCAGAGACCAAAGUAUCCAUCUACGACUUCUGUAGCUUCAAGGUACCAUGCGCGCCGGGACAUUUGUGCCACGAAGGUUUUUGCAUUCAGCAGCAGUCCUUUUCAUCUUUUCCACGAUCAAUGUAUUUUCGUUCUCUUUUCCGCCGGCGCUGA